AUGAAUACCGGAGAGGAGUGUGCCAAUGGGUAUGCUUCUGCUGCCAGAGCCUCUGGCCUCCUGUGCACCCUCCCUAGGCAAAGUUAUCCUCAACUGAAGCCCAGGAGCCUGGCAAGAAUCAAUACCCUUGUCCCUGAUCCCUCUGCAGCUCCAAGCUCUGGAAAUGUGCCCAAAGCUCCAGAACUGGAUCCUGUCCAUCCUUUGAAAAUGUCUGAACCUCUCCAAAGUGAUAUUGCUGAGCUUCUGCAAAGGGUUUUGUCCUUGGGCCCAUUGACUUUUAGGGUGAAAAAUCUUUAUAAAAGCCCCACAUCUGCUUCUGUGAAGUAUUUUUACACCGUCACCAUAGAAGUGGUCGACGGUCCUGACUCUGAAGCAGAAAAAGAUCAGCAGGCAGAGAAUAAACCCAGCUGGUCAGUCCCAGCUCCUGACUGGCGAGCCUGGUGGCAGAGGUCCUUGUCCUUGACCAGGACAAACAGCGGGGACCAGGACUAUAAGUAUGACAGUACCUCAGAUGACAGCAACUUCCUCAGUGUUCCUAGGGGGUGGGACCAUCCAGCCCCAGGCCACCGGACUUUUGAAACCAAAGAACAGCCAGAAUAUGAUUCCACAGACGGUGAGGGUGACUGGAGUCUCUGGUCUGUCUGCAGCGUCACCUGUGGAAAUGGCAACCAGAAACGGACCCGUUCUUGUGGCUAUGCAUGCAUUGCAACAGAGUCAAGGACUUGUGACCGUCCAAACUGCCCAGGAAUUGAAGACACUUUCAGGACAGCAGCCACUGAAGUGAGUCUGCUUGCGGGAAGUGAGGAGUUUAAUGCCACCAAGUUGUUUGAAGUUGACAUGGACAGCUGUGAGCGAUGGAUGAGCUGCAAGAGCGAGUUCUUAAAGAAAUACAUGCACAAAGUGAUCAAUGACCUGCCCAGCUGUCCCUGUUCUUACCCCACUGAGGUGGCUUACAGCACAGCCGACAUAUUUGACCGCAUCAAGCGCAAGGACUUCCGAUGGAAGGAUGCCAGUGGGCCCAAAGAGAAAUUGGAGAUCUACAAGCCUACUGCCCGAUACUGCAUCCGCUCUAUGCUAUCCCUGGAAAGUACCACACUGGCUGCCCAGCACUGUUGCUAUGGUGACAACAUGCAGCUCAUCACGAGGGGCAAAGGGGCAGGCACGCCCAACCUCAUCAGCACUGAGUUUUCUGCUGAGCUCCACUACAAAGUGGACGUUCUGCCCUGGAUCAUCUGCAAGGGCGACUGGAGCAGGUAUAAUGAGGCCCGGCCUCCCAAUAAUGGACAGAAGUGCACAGAGAGCCCUUCUGACGAGGACUACAUUAAACAGUUCCAAGAGGCCAGGGAGUACUAAAGCACUGCUGGUUUGGAGGCACAAAUGCACUGAUCUGCCCACUGUCACCCAGUUUUUUUAAUCCACAUUUUUGUAUAUUUGUAUAUUCCACAUGAGUAUUUUUUUUAAGUACACUAGGGGUAUGCACCAGGUCUGGGGGACUAUGUCCGUUGUCUGCAAACCGUGUUGGAAGUCAUCCAAGUGGCUGCGUAGGCAGGAAGAGGAACCUGGAGGCUGUAGUGGGUGUGAUUCCAUCCCCACCUCCAUCCAGUGCACAAGAGCACAGAGACUGAGGUUGUAAACAUUAUAAGCAGUUUUUAUAUAUAACUUAUUUAAUACAAAUGUGACUUAAGCUUAACCUUUUCUCUGGAGUUGUUCUUGUAAAAAAUAUUUAAUCGCUUCUGAGAGGGCUCAAAAAGGAAAGGACUUAGGGGAGUGGAGAGAAAAGGAAUCUUGCAGUGGAAAUGCAUAAAAAUGAGAAAACAGCCACCUUACACCAGGUGCUCUUUAGUCAUAGGGCAUUCUCUGGAGUCACAGAUUCCAACGUUUUCUUGUCUUAGACUAGGCAAGGGGUGGAUAGUAAGUGAAUAUUUAGAGUCAAGUCUAAGACACUGUUUUAAAGGCUUUAAACUAAAUGACCUGUGUGAUUCUACUAAAGAGCUCCGGCAGCAGCAUUGCUGCUGUGCCUUAAUAAGCUCAGAAGACUGCAAGAAGUUCAGGCGUGAAGUCAGAAGAGGCACUUUCCAAAAAAAAAAAAAAAAAA